AUGGAUCCUUGUGGUAUAGUUUGCGUUUUUUUAAUCUAUAUGAGUAUUGGAUAUGCUGAUUAUGUUGUGGCUGUUUGGCUGGUAACUCCUAUAUUCGGUGACACGCUGUGGGCUGCUAUUCAUUUAACUAUUUUCAACACUCUCCUCUUCCUAACCUUAUUCGCCCAUUUCCGUGUGAUGUUAACGGAUCCCGGAGUCGUACCGAUUAAUAAAACCAAAGUUCAUAAUCGAAGGAUGAUUUCUUCUUCUGAAGAAGAUGAAGACAGUGAAAGUGAAGUUGAUGCUGUAUUUUUACGAGAAAAACUAGCAGCAGGAGGAGAAGAUUGGACUAUGUGCACACGAUGUCAAUCCUUUCGUCCACCACGAGCACAUCACUGUCGAGUUUGCAAACGAUGUAUCAGGAGAAUGGAUCAUCAUUGUCCCUGGGUAAAUAAUUGCGUCGGAGAGUUUAAUCAAAAAUAUUUCUUACAAUUUCUUUUUUAUGUUGGAGUCACAAGUUUUUACAGCAUUUUAUUAAUAAUAAUUUCAUGGGUUUAUGAUGAUGAGUAUGCAUCAACAGGAAUGAAAGGGCCGUAUGGAGAGAAUGCACAUCAUACCAAAGUGUUACAUACUAUAUUUCUUUCAAUGGAAAGUGUCUUAUUUGGAAUGUUCGUACUAGCCGUCUCAUGUGAUCAAUUAAAUGCCAUAUUUUCUGAAGAAACUGCUGUCGAAGCAACUCAGCGGAGAGGACGUAAACAAUAUAAGCGAGCGCGAAGGAGAAGUCGAGUAGCGCUAUUAAGAGAAGUUUGUGGCGGAGGAUCGGUAUGGUCUUGGUUCUUACCGUGCUUCUCUUUCCCUGUACAUCGUGACGUCAUCCUAUAUCCUCGUGAAGUGGGGCAUUUCGAUAUUUAG